UGUGGGGGUCAGUGGUGAGAAGGACUGAAAUCUACCCUGGGUGACCUGGAGCCUCACCUCACCCCUGGGUUAGUGGCUCAUUUGGGAACAGGUGGGGUCUACAGCCCUGAGAUCUUGGGGACCCGGUCAGGAGACACACCCUGUUUGCCCCAGCAGAUGCUGCCAUGAAGGACCCACAGCCUGGGGAGAGCGUGGAGCUGGACUCUCAGAACACACACUAUGAAGACCCCCAGGGAGGGACACACACCCAGGUGAACCACUCAAGAUCAAGACUCAGGCAGGGAAUGGGCACCUCUACAGCCUCCCUGUCGGGGGGAUUGCUGGACACGACGGGCAGACAAGCAGAAGAGGACAGAGAGAUGGACAGUCAGGCUGCUGCAUCUGAUGCCCCCCAGGAUGUAACCUAUGCCCAGCUGAACCACUUGACACUCAGGCGGGAGACAAGUGCACCCCCUUUCUCCCCAUCAGAAGAGACCCCAGAGGAGCCCAGUGUGUAUGCUGCUCUGGCCACCCACUAGCCCAGGAGGACCCAGACCCCACACUCCAGGAAGGGGGCUGGCAGGGACCCCAGAAGACAUGGGAGCUUCCCACAUGGACAUUCAGUUAGCGACCCUGGCCACCCUGAAGACCUGACAAG